GAGGAAUGGAGAACACGCGUGGUCUCUUUUCCCCCACAAUGUCUGUACGCAUGGAUUAGGGCAAAAAGAACCCCAAAGAGGACUGACAUUGAUUUCAAAACUGGCAUUUUAUAUCACCAACUUCUGCCUGGAUAUGUUCUGAUCGCUGUUAUCGAUCAGCUGGUUGAUUGGUGAUUGACUAUCACGCGGAACACUUGGAAUUGUGGAGGAUUUAGGACAAAAAGGGGGAACCCUGCACUGCAGCUGCUCUCUUUUGGCACAACAUGACGCGUCUCCAGCUACACCACUGGAUUGAUUAAUCGAUUCAUCAAUUUAUCGACAAACUGCAAAGUGGGACUCAAUUGAUCGAUUAUCUCAUCAUUAAGAUCGAUAUUUCCUUCAGUUGAACUUAUAGUAAAGCUUAUAUACUCACAAAUGUUAAGAAAUAUUACAUGGAUGUAAAAUAUAUCAUUAAAUAUAAAUAUUAAUCACUCACACUGCUACAUUAAAGCCCCUGUAGAGCGGUUACGUGGGCACAAAGUGCCAUAAAGUGCUAUAAGAAACUCAAAAUUUACUCAUGUGUAAACUCAUAAUUGCCGCAGGUGUAAAAUCAUAAUAAGAAUUUAAUAAGGAUUAUUAUAGUGAGAGAGCUUCGCGGGAUUCCAGUUUGGAGAUUGGAAGUUAUUUUUGGCUGCGCAAAGUAGAGCGACUCUUCCACACCAGUGCCCGGACAGAGACAGAGACAGACUGAACACAGAGGUCUACCUAGUUGUCUCUGUCUUUCCGGAAGAAAGGAGGAGUGGGAUAGACAGAGAGAGACAGCAAGAGAGAGAGAGAGAGAAAGGAGAGAGGAGAGGACGCGUAACUGCGGUUAAUUGGAGCAGACUUGAAACAUCUUGGAGAAGAAGAAGGGAGAGAAGAGGAGAGGGAUUCUAUUCUUUUUGCAACCAGAAACACUUUCAAAAUCUAUUGUUUUGGCAGAGAAGAGAAGAAGAAACGACCUCUAUCUUUUCAUUUAUCUGUCUUUCGUACUGUCUGUUUGGAGAGCCGAUGAUUGGCUGAAGAAGACACGCGAGGAGAGAGAACCAGAGGUGGGAUUAUUUCAGCAAAUGGUAACGGUUUCGCUUUCUGCUCAAGAUUGUGUCAUCAGCGCCGUUUGGAUUCAGGAUUAGUUGCUCCAAAACACCAGGUGCCAGUGGAGACUAGAGAGAUGAAGACCUUAUCCCUCCUCUUCAUCCUCCUCCUCCUCCUCGCCUCAGGAGAAUGUGACGGCGUCAAGUACAUCUCCAAGAGGAACUCAGUGGACGGAUGCUUGGACUGGUCGGUGGAUCUACAGGAGUACCAUGUUCUGGCCGGGGAGCCUGUUCGGGUCAAAUGUGCCUUGUUCUACAGCUACAUCCGAACCAACUAUACCAUGGCCACCAACGCCAAGCUGCGCCUCAUCUGGUACAAGAACAAAGGAGACGCUGAGGAGCCAAUCAUCUUCUCAGGUCACAGGCUGAGUAAAGAGGAAGACUCCAUCUGGUUCAGAUCUGCUGAAUUGGAAGACAAUGGAUUCUACACCUGUGUACUAAGGAACUCGACAUACUGCAUGAAAGUGUCCAUGUCGAUGACUGUUGAGGAGAGUGAUGAGGGGAAAUGCUUCAGCAGCAAUAUCAAACAUUUGGAGGAAGCUGAGAUAACCCACAGCAAAAUGAUCACCUGUCCUAAUAUAGAAGACUAUUUGGCUCCAUACAAGCAACCUCUGAUGACCUGGUAUAAGGAGUGCGAGCGGGUUGAAUGGAGGAGCUCCAUCUUUGUUAACAAUACUCACAUCUGGAUUCCUGAGGUGGAGGAGGGCGAUGGGGGAAAUUACACCUGUGAGUUACAGUAUGGAUCCAGACUGGUGCGGAGGACAACACAACUCAAAGUUACAGCUCUCCAGGCCACUCAGCCUCCCAAGGUCCUGUUUCCCCCGGAGAGACAAGACACCGUGAUAGAAAUCACGCCUGGUAUGCCUCUCAGUCUGGACUGCAAGGCGUUUUUUGGCUACAGUGGAGAAAACAAAAUGCCCAUUAUCUACUGGAUGAAAGGAGAAAAGUUUGUUGAAGAACUAGCGGGACACAUCAAAGAAAGUGAAGUCAGGAUUUUGAGGGAACAUUUAGGGGAGAAGGAGGUGGAGCUAUCCUUAAUGUUUGAUGCUGUGGAGGAGGCAGACCUCGCCAACUACACCUGUUAUGUGGAGAACCACAUAGGGAAGCGCAGCGGGAGUGCUAUACUGCAGAAGAAAGAUAUGUAUCGUCUGGAGCUGGCUGGCGGUCUGGGGGUCAUACUGCUGCUGCUGGGAGUCCUGACAGCACUUUAUAAGUGUUACAAUCUGGAGAUCAUGCUCUGCUACAGGAGACACUUUGGAAGUGAUGAAACUGAAGAUGAUAAUAAGGAGUAUGAUGCCUAUCUGUCCUAUACUAAAGUGGACCUGGACUGUUUGGGCAGCAGGGCGAGCAGCGAUGAGGAAACAUUUGCUUUGGAGAUCCUGCCGGACGUUUUAGAGAAACAUUAUGGAUACAAGCUGUUUAUACCAGACAGAGAUCUCAUACCAAGCAGCACCUACAUUGAGGACUUGGCUCGCAGUGUGGAGCAGAGCAGACGUUUGAUCAUCGUUUUGACUCCAGAGUUUGUUGCCAAAAGAGGGUGGAGCAUCUUCCAGAUAGAGACACGCCUCCACUCCAUGCUGGUUACUGGGGAGAUCAAGGUGAUCAUGAUAGAGUGUGCAGACCUGAAGAAUGUCAUUAACUACCAAGAGGUGGAAGCACUUAAACACACAAUCAAGGUUUUAUCCAUCAUCAAGUGGAGGGGUCCUAAGAGCAAUGAGCUGUCAUCCAAGUUUUGGAAACAGGUGGUGUACGAGAUGCCUGCUAAACGCAGAGAGACGUUGUCCAGACGCCAGGUGAUGGAUUCUGGUGAACAGGGACUCUUUGGUGACCUACAGACCACCGUGUCCACCAUUGCCAUGACAACCACCUCUGCCUCUUUGGCGCCCCCAAAUGAGAAUCGCCAUGGACAUCAUCAGGUUGCCUUGGCGACAGAGAUCCCUGACUACAACCAGAUGACAUUACCGCUGGGAGGUGGUCACACUGCCACUGCAGCCCAAAUGAGGCAUUUCUGCCGCAGCUACGAGUUCCAGCUUCCACAGCCUUCCUCCCUGUCGCCUCCCCUCCCACCUCCCUCCACCGUGCAGUUCUCCACUCUGGGCCCCGGGGGUCGCCACGUCUACUGCAACAUCCCUAUGACACUGCUGAAUGGACAGGUGAAUCAGAGCAGUACGCUUGGGAAGAAGCCAGAACUCCACCUGAACAGCACCUUCGUACCUCUCACCAGCAGAGAACUAAGCUCUGACAUCUGGUAGAGGGACUGCUCAACUGGUACUGGAUUACAGACCGGUUUACAGACUGCUUUUACACUGGCUUUGGAAUUGGGGAAGUCUUGUUGGUCGACUGAUUUUCAUUGGGUUUUUGGACUGUGUACAGCCUUGGUUUUUAAGAGUGACUUCUUGAGGACUGCCUGCAGACUGGUUUUGGGCCACCUCAACCUGCACUGGGAACCAAGGACUGCUUACAGACUGUAUAAGCCUUGGAUUCACAAUGGUUGGAUGUACUGCCUGCAGACUGCUUAUUGACAAACAAUUCAGAUUAUGAAACUGAUUGUACAUCGGUACACUUGGACAUACCAACUGAUUAAAGACUGAUACAAACUGGCAUGUAAGCUAUGUAGCCAUGACUGAUGGAAUGGAGUGCAAAAAUCUGUAGACAGGCAUGGACAUGUGGAUGUAACAAACUGGAAAAGUCAAAGAAAAGGUCAAGGAUCCACAAACAGGAGUGCUCAAUUUGUUGAAUAACCUACCAAGUUGGACCUCGGAGCACAAAAAAAUCAAGGAUCUCGAACUUUUCUGCUCACACACCAGCUGUGUAAACAAGUAGAAGAAAAAACAUGUCGAUUUGUCAGCUGCUUAACUACUUGGAAAGAUCAGUCGACUGAAAAACAAAAGUAGCGUAAUCUCAGAAUGCCAGAUCUUAGCUGAGUUCUCAGUAUAUCCAUCUACCUGUUGACUAGGUGGCUUGUCAGUAAACGAAGUAGACUUCAAGCAAUGAUUUUGGAAUACCGGUCCACCUUAACACAACAGUCAACCUCUUGAAAUACAAUUCCUGGCUAGCUACCUGGUUUGUUUUUUCAAAGCUAAAAUGGUCGACUUAAAAGAAAUGGAUUCCAGCACGAAUAUCAAGAUAAGAAUUGAUGCGUUAAGCAAUUGCUAAACUUAAUUACUGAGAAAGCACAGUUAGCUGGUGUAUAAACAUAGCUAGUUGUUAAGGCUAGCUGACUAAACGCUAGUUACUUCUUGAGCUAAAAGGCACCAAGAGACUGCAAACCAGCCAGCUCACCUUGUAACCCAGUAAGUAAUCAGCAACUAGUCAACUCAUCAACAGGUGAACUGGCCAAGAGCUGACCUACCACCUUUUACCACCAAGCUAAAAGCAUAAAGGACUUGGCUUUUUCUAUUUGCAUGACCACCCAUUUAGAUAAAAAAAAAUAAUCCAAUAAAUAUAGAUAAAAGAGUAAAUGACACAAUCAUUUCUCGCAGCCUCUUUUAAUAAUGGAGGAGAAUAAAUGUCUUUUGUUGAUACAGUAUGUUUGUUUUCUGUCCGGCCAUGAAGUAACGAUAAAAACUGAUAAAGGGAAAAAAGGAGGUGUCCCUCCGAAAACAUUUUCUUUUGUUUUAUUUAAGAAUUUUAUGCUUUUAGAAGGUUGGUGAGCAUUUUAACCAGUCUUUGUUUUUUUAAUGUUUGUUACAAUAAUCUCUGUACAGCUUCCAUAACUUAUGCAUAGACCUAUACAUGACAGUGAUUUGUUCCCUACAGUUUCUGUUAACUCCCACAUUGUGUGUUAGACCCAGAGCCUCUUUUUGCUUUCAUUCUGUUCUGUUUUCAUUUGAAAGGAUGGAUAGAUAGAUAGAUAGCUAGAUGAACGGAUGGAUUUGUUUAAAUGGAUGGAUGGAUAUGAAUGGAUAGAUGGCUGGAUAUAGAUCGAUAUGGAUGGAUGGAUGGAUGGAUGAGUGAUAUGAAUGAAUGGAUGGAUGGAUUGUUGAAUGAUAUGAAUGGAUAGAUGGCUGGAUAUAGAUCUGGAUGGAUGGAUGGAUGGAUGGAUGGAUGGAUGGAUGGAUGGAUGGAUGGAUGGGUGAUAUGAAUGCAUAGAUGGCUGGAUAUAGAUCGAUAUGAAUGAAUGGAUGGAUGGAUUGUUGAAUGAUAUGAAUGGAUAGAUGGAUGGAUAUAGAUUGAUAUGAAUGGAUGGUUGGAUGGAUAGAUAGAUAGAUAAAUGGAUGGAUGCUCACGGCAGUAAACCCUGCUAUCGGACUGAUGUUUUGAACCUGUCACUCUGGAAUCGAGACCACUACCAGUCAGCCAAAGGGGGCUUCACUGCAUACAGAGCCGGAUUCCAAGCUGAACCAGACCACAUUCUUCUUUGUGAGCUUUAAGAAACCAAGAUUAUUACCAUAAUAUUUAAGCAAAGUGAAUAAUGUUUUGAAUUUACACAAAAGUACUGUCAUUGUCUUAUUAGAACCAAUGAAUUCUGGAUAUUUGAGAUUGUUUGAUGCAAUUAUUAAUUAUUUGAGUUGUUAUAUUCGAUGGCAAUAUACAGUAUAGUGGUUGUCUUUUGAUUUCUGCUCAUUUCUUUGACUAUUUCAUUGGAUAUAUUGGUUGAAAUAAUUUAACUGAAAGCAAAUAAAAGUUAUA